UCAUCAACCAUUACAAUGAGAGCAUCAGAAAAAGAUUUUGUCAUGCAGAACUCCGCCACUCAAUGUUAUGUUCUCUUUGCUUGUCUUGUCUUAUUUAGUUCCAGUCUACGUGUAUCCAGAGCUGUUCAGGAUUCCACAGGAUCAAAUCAAACUCUACAGCUUGAGGCUCUUAAAACUAGUAUGCUGGAGUACCUGGGGAUGGACAGACCGCCACCAUUCAGAGAAAAGAUGUCCCAUCAGAACCUAAUCAGAAUAUACCGUCAAUAUCAGAACAUGAGGAGGAACAUGUUGCCUUCUCAGAGUGGCUCCAGUUUAUUUCUACACACCACCGUGCAGCCAUUGAAUUCUAAGCAGAAUGGUCCUGAUUCAAAGACUCAGUGGUUCAGGGCUGUUUUUCACAGGGAGUCUCAUAUAACAGACGGGUUUUUCUUGGCACAAGCACAGCUGCGACUUCAAAGACCUCUGGAUAACAGUUUUGACGAACCAGUCUGCGAUCAGAAAAUUCUGGUUAGCAUACACAUAACCUCCCAUUCCUAUAUGAAGAAAGUCUUUCAUUCAAAAAAACUUCAAUCAACAGGCCACAAUGUUACAAUGGAUGUGACUUUUGCAGUUAACAGAUGGCUUAUGAAGACAAGUGAUGCUUUACUAAUUGUAGACGUUGGCUUUGUUAGAAACAAAAAAGAAGGAGAAACCGAAUCCACUCCGCAGAUCUGUUUGGAACUUACACUAAUGGAUGGUAAAGUAAGAAAACCUCGGUCUACUUAUGGAGAAAGUGUUGAGCACGACAGCAACUGUGGUCGGAGGUCACUGAGUGUUUCUUUUGAGGAGAUUGGCUGGUCAGACUGGAUUGUGGCUCCUGCAGGCUACACAAUGUACUUCUGUGAUGGCUCUUGCCCACACAAUUACAAACCAGCUAGUAUGCACACUCAGAUCAAGUCACGACUACAUCGCUUGACCAAGGGAGCGACGCCUCGCCCAUGUUGCGUGCCAGCUGAAUACGAGCCCAUGAUUCUCAUGCACUAUGAUAGCCAGGGCAAGUUGAAGCUAACAUCCUUCAAUGAUUUGAUCGUUACCAAAUGCCACUGCGCCUGAAAGUUUUUUAGCUGGAACACAGUUACAGUUGUGGAGUAAAUUUUUCUGCGCUUUUAAUGUGCCACAAUGCUGUACACAGACAUGGUUACACUUUUAACAUUUCUCAGAUGGGACUGUUCUUCCUUCAAGAAGAAAACGCACCAGGGUACUCAGUAUUAAAA